AUGGAUUCUGCAGCUUGGCUUACGCCCCCAGUUCAGUUGACUGGGAGUCGUGCAUUUACCUGUGAUGGCUUCACCGAAGCGCAGUGCGCAUGGUACAUGCACAGAUGGCAUUUUUGGUACAUCGCGGAUCAUGUCUACGCUCUUCCUACAGUAGCCUUCUUCAUGAGUGGCAUUGGACUCUUUACGAUUGGUCACUUAGUAUCCUACUAUAUUAUUGGUCUUGCGUUUCCCAAAUUCCGUGGGCCAAAACCUUGGCGCAUGCUUGUCGCUAGCAUCAGAUAUCUUUCGUAUCGUGGAUUCCAUGUUGCAUCACUUGGUUUCAACUCAGCUCCCAUUGGAGUUAUGGUAUUGGGACUUAUUGGAGCCGUCUUCUUCUUUUGCAUGGACUUGAUCCCUCAGCCGUACUACUGGCCUUCGCUAGACUUUGGCGGCUCACCACCGUUGGGAACAAGAUCCGGAUGGUUGGCAUUAGGAUGCAUGCCAUUUGUAUUCGCUACGGCAACCAAGACAAACUGGAUUACCAUGCUGACUGGUGUCUCACACGAGAGACUCCAAGUGUUCCAUCGCUGGAUAGCCUAUGCCUUUUUCAUACUUGCUCUUAUGCACACAUUCACAUUUAUCGUGUAUCAUAUCAGAUUCCAUGACAUGCAAAUGCAUUUCAAAAUGAGCCUCCUGUUCUACUGGACUGGGAUCGUAGCCCUGAUCUUCCAAGCCUGGCUGACCUUUGCGUCGCACAGCGCCAUCCGAAAGCUAUUGGGGUAUGAGUUCUUCAAGGCGACGCACUUCUUUGCUGUUGUCAUAUUCAUGAUUACUUUCUUUUGGCACUGCGACUAUACCCUAACAUCUUGGCACUACUUCAUAGGAACAGCUGCUGUAUAUGUUCCCUGCUAUGUCUACCCUUGGCUACGAACUUGUUUCGAGUAUGGUGUCCGAACAAAGGCCCAUAUCAAAGUUGAGGAUAACGGUUUUGUUCGUGUCACUAUCCCCGCCAACUUCACGUGGGAAAUAGGACAGCACUGCUUCCUCCGCUUUACUGGUUUUGGGCUUACACAAGCAUUGUCAGCGCACCCAUUUACCAUUUGCUCACUGCAAUCAUCAUCCCCAGAUGACCAGUCAUUCCUUGUCUUUUAUCUUAAGAAGCACCGAGGCUUUACUGCAAAGCUCUAUGAGCACGCCUUACAGAACCCAGGAGCUCAGAUCUCAGUGCUGGUUGAUGGACCAUACGGGGGCAUCAAUACACAGCGCUUCGUGAACAGCAAUCAUCUUGUUGUAAUCGCGGGAGGGUCAGGAGCUGGCUGGACCUUGCCUUUCAUCGAGCAGUAUGUCGCAGCCCAAACAGGCCAGGCCGAUGAAAACUGCAAAGAAGGUCAAAGAGAGAGAUGUCCGUUCUCAUCACUUCGCGUGAUACUAGCAAGCCGAGACGUGGAGAGUUGCAGCUGGUAUCGACAAGUUGUAAGCGACAGGUUGCUCAAGUACUCAGACAAAAUGAUCUCAGGCUUGCAAGUGCAGAUCCAUUGCACCAGUGGAGGCCUAACGGAAUCAAGCCUCCCAUCAAACAGUAGCUUCGUCCCUGGCAACAAAGAGCCAGGCAGUGAAAGAGCAACAGAAAGUCAGGUAUCAUUUGACGAAUUACAUGGUCGACCUGACUUGCCAGGAAUUCUGAAAAAGCUGGCAAGUGGGAUGACAUCUACCACCUCACUUGGUGUAUAUGUCUGCGGCCCGGAUACUAUGCAGAAUGAUGUACGAAACGCUGUGGCAUCUCUAAACUUGGAUAUUCUUGGGGGUGCAGAUUCUGCGGGAGUGUACUUGCAUUCUGAACACUUCUCUUGGGCAUGA